CAUGGGAUAAGAGGGGAAGGGUGCGGUUAGGGAGGUCCUGUCUCCAAUCAUUAACUCCUCUUCCUCUUUCCUCUGCCCACAUUCACAAAUUCAGAGGGACUGAUUUUCACUGGGCCUCCGGUGGGGGACUUUAAAAAGCCUAGAGUCUAGGACAGGGCCGGCUCCAGGCACCAGCGCAGCAAGCAGGUGCUUGGGGCGGCCAAGGGGAAGGGGCGGCACGUCCGGCUCUUUGGCGGCAAUUCGGCGGCAGGUCUCUCAGUCCCUCUCUGAGGGAAGGACCUGCCACCGAAGAAUGAAGCGGUGGGGUAGAGUUGCUGCCAAAGUGCCGCUGAUUGCGACUAUUUUUUCGCUGCUUGGGGCGGCAAAAACGCUGGAGCCAGCCCUGGUCUAGGAAUCCCACCUGAGUCCUAGAAGUGUCGAGCUCCGAGGGUCUGUCUGGACUAGGAAAAGCGGUCUGGGUUAGCUAGCUUCUUUCCUGGUAACCCGGACCACGCUUCCGCUUCUUUGCCUAGUCCCAACUCAUUCGGAGCCACUCAUGUUCCUAGUUUCAGUUUCCAAGUUUCCCCUCCAGGGAGAGAUUGGCUGCGUCCCGGCUAGUCUCAGCUCUCUCCCGCUUCUCCUGAAAAGCAGUGGGGUGGUUUUUUUUUACUCUGUGGGUUUUGUUUGUCAAUAUAUUUAUAACACCUAAUGACCCAGAUUAUAAAAGAGUUGGAGCUGGGAUGGAAGGUAUGCUGGGAUGUUUCAGCCUCCGUGUUAGGAGAGGGAGAGGAGAUGAACUGAAAGGAUUCCUGUCCUGUUCCUCAAAGGUGUUACGGCUCCUAACUGAACUCAGCCUGCCCGCAUCAGCAUCAUGAUUCCGCUCGCCACAGAAUUCAGACCCUGGAGCGUUUAUCCUCCUCUUUAAGGCGUGUCUACACUACAAAGAUAAGUCGACUUCCGUUAGGUCGACUUACAGCCACUGCAUGAAUUACUGCUGUGGUGCACAUCCACACUACCCUCCUUGGACUGGUGGUGCGCGUCCUCACCGGGAGCGCUUCCCCCAGCUGAAGAGGGGCAGUGUGGGGGACUGACAAUCGGGGCUCUCCGUCCCCUGCAGCUCCCCACCGGGAGCCCAGCUGCCCCCCGGGGCUUCUUACCUCCGGCGGGGAGCUCUAUGCCCAGAAUCUGAGGGGCCUCUUGAGCCCAGAGCAGCUCUUUAACCCUUGCCUCACCAGUGUGGGGUUCAUACUCCUUGUUACAGGCUGGCUGGUGCCUGGAGGAAGCGGGUUCAGCAGUGUACCAGGCUGGGGCUGAAAGGCACCGUGCUGAACAGGUGAUGGGAGAAUGAGUAAGAACAAGGAGGAAAAUUCUCAGCAGGAAGCGGCUGAGGAAGUGAAACUGCGCAAAACUUUAUCAGGAAGAUCCAAAGGGAAUUUUUUCCAGAUUCAUGAGCAGGGAAAAGCCUGGGAGAUACCACACAAGUCAGAGAAGUGGCAGGGAAACCAGGCAGGGAAGAAAGUAGGUAAAACCACUAAUUGUAAAGGAAAUGGCAAGGACCUCGAGGAAACCGCAGCCCAGCAGAGAAUCCACAGAGAUGGGAGAAAAAAUACAUGCACCAAAUGCGGGAAAAGCUUCAGUCGUAGCUCAAACCUUGUUUCCCAUUGGAGAAUCCACACAGGGGAGAGGCCGUAUAAAUGUAGCGAGUGCGGGAAAAGCUUCAAUCAGAGCUCUAACCUUAUUUCCCAUCAGAGAAUUCACACGGGAGAGAGACCCUAUAAAUGUCUGGACUGUGGGGAAAACUUCAACCAGAGCUCAGACCUCAUCACACAUCAGAGACUGCACACGGGAGAGAAACCAUAUAAAUGUAUUAGGUGUGGGAAAACCUUCAAUCAGAGCUCAAAUCUGAUUUCACAUCAGCGAAUUCACACUCGAGAGAGGCCCUAUAAAUGCCUGGAGUGUGCCGAAAGUUUUGACUGGAGCACCCAACUUAUUAGACACCAGCUAAUCCACACAGGAGACAGACCCUAUAAAUGCCUGGACUGUGGGAAAAGCUUUAGUGACAGCUCAGCCCUUAUUACGCAUCAGCGAACCCACACGGGAGAGAAACCCUAUAAAUGCCUCGAGUGCGGGAAAAGCUUCAACCAGAGCUCCACCCUGAUUAGACACAAGAGGACUCACACGGGAGAAAAGCCCUAUAAAUGCUCAGACUGUGGGAAACGUUUCAGUCAGAGCUCGAACCUAAUUACGCAUCAGAGACUCCACUCAGGAGAGAAACGUUGAAUGUGGGUGAUGCUUCAGUUGGAAUUCGAUCACAUUCGCCAACAGCAAAUUCAGACAGGGAAGAGAGCUCAUAAAUGUCCUUAGCGUGGAAAAGAUUUCAGCUGGAGCAAACACUAUACUGGACAUUAGCAACUCCAGCAGAGUUGAACCUGAGCUGUUAGUGGCCCUCUGGUCAUAGGCACUGACUCCAUGGGUGCUCCGGGGCUGGAGCACCCACAGGGAAAAAUUGGUGGGUGCAGCUCCCCGUCCCACCCUCCUGCCCCAGCUCACCUUCGCCUCCUCCCCUGGGCACACCGCAUGCCAGCUUUUCCCCUCUGGCUCCCAAUGCUUGUGCCGCAAAACAGCUGAUUCACGCAGCAAGCGCUGGAAAGGAGGGGGAAUGCCGUGCGCUAGGGGAAGAGGCGGAGCCGAGGUGGGGAUUUGGGGAAGGGAUCCAAUAGGGGCAGUGAGGGGGCAGAGUUGGGGUGGGGACUUUGGGGAAGGAAUUGGAAUAGGGGUGGGGAAAGGGUGGAGUCAGGGCCGGGCCAGGAGUGGGGGGCCAUGAGCACUCACUGGCACCCGGAAAAGUUGGGGCCUAUGCCUCUGGCAUCCCAUGACUGCUUUUGCAUCAUGCGUUGAUUUCCUUGAGCCUAAAUCAGACUCAGGAGGGCUGGAAAUGAAAGUGUCACAGAUCUGGAGGGGGAAUUCCAAUGAAUCCCAAAUCUCAUGUGUGAUCCGUCUCAGCUUAAGUUCCAGUUUCCAUCUUGCGGUAAAGCAGCCUGCCGGGUAUUUUCCUGCCAAACUCUGGGUGUGUGCAGAUGGGAAGGUGUUUUUUUUUUCUCAUGCUGAUGAUGCUAAAGUUCUGUAAAUAACAUCGCUGAAUAAUGAGGCAUAAAGCGAAGGCAGUUUAGCUGGUUUAGAAGAGAACAUGGGGAAACCUGUUCUCCUGAAUUUGUGUCAACUGAAGAUGCUCCAAAAUUUCACAUUAUCUAAACCUGAACAUGCAUUCGAACUCCCUGUAUUCUGGUUUUCUCUUUCCUGAAGGCUGUUUUGUCACAUACUUGGGUAUCAGUUUUUGUUUGAAUGGGGAGUGGAGUGGGGGGGGGGGAGAGUUACAUAGUUUUAUUGUGGAAAUUUAUGACUCAAAGGAUGACUUGGCACAAUAUCCCUUCAUUAUUUUUGCGUUUUCGUCCCUCUCUGCCAUGAGAUUUUAAUAUUGGUUGAACAGUUCAUCCAUUAGUUACUAAUAACCGAUUUUCAAGUAACUGCUGACACAAACACUGGUGGGCACAUGCGAAAGUCACGGAGAGGCAGAGCCUGAAAAGAGGAAAGGAAGGUAACUGGCUGAUCCCAGGGGUGAGGUGAGAGACAGGUAGGAGGGGGAGAACAUCGGAGGUGGGGGAUACAGAUCUAGGAAGCUGCAGGGUUUGCUCCUGA